AUGGCGAAAGGAGGUAAAUCCAGAGGAAAUCCUAAGAAAAACUUCAACAACCGCAAGAAUUUCAAGAAGAAUUACAACAAAAAGCCUAAUAGAUAUAUGAUGGUCAAAAAGCAAAUUGAGAAAAAUAAGGAAUCAGAAGAGAAUCUUAAGAGACAGCAGCUAAUGGAGCUAAAAUAUCGUCAAAAGCAGAUAGAAGCACAAAAUGAGUCAAGUGGAAGUGAAAGUGAGACAGAAGUAAAUCAUUUCCAGGAAUUACUGACAACUUUAGGUAAAGCGAAGAAGUUGGAUGCAGCAGAGUCUACAGAAUCAUCAGAAAGUGAAGAAGAACAAGAUCCAGUUAGUGAUAUUGAAGAUCCAGAAAGUGAAAAUGAUGAGAAAGAAUCGGAAUCAAAGGUUUUAGAACCUGAAAGUGACGAAAUGGAAGUGUUAGAUGAAGAAGUAAAUGAGGAGGAACUAGAAAUUGGAUCAGAAAUAGGCACAGAUGAUGACGAAAAGUCAAUCGAAGAUAUUGAUCCAGAUAAAACUAUAAAUACAAAAUUUUUGGAUGAUUCAAUAGCCAACGACCUAGACCGUGAAGUCAACAGCGAUUCUGAAGAGGAACUAGACUCAGAUGUAGACGACGAUGACGAAAUUAAGUCGAAAAAGUCAUCAGAAAAUGCUCCAUUUAUUAAUCAUUUCAGUUUUGAUUUAAGUCCAAAACUACUCGAAGCUAUAUCCACAAAUCCACCUAAAACGGAAGUGACUAAUCAUCCAUGGCCAACACUAGGAAAUGUCAUGAUUGAAAUUCCAAAAGAAACUUCAGAACCAGCUGCAAAAAAGAGGAAACAAACUUUACUGGAUGAUGAGGAAGUGCUUGCAUGUGAAGGAAAAGUGCCGAAAAUUUGUAACCCUGACAAUUUGGUGACAGAAGCAAGCAUAAAGCAGCAACUUGUGGUGAAUAUUUUUGGCGUUAAUAGUGAAAAUCUUGAAAAAUACGGCAAUUCCAAAUCAAUUUUGUCACCGCUACAAACGGAAUUAAUAUCUGUGGCUGCAAACUAUCAGGAUUUAUAUUAUCCACACAGAUCACAUAAGAAUGGUGAGGAAGUCCGUUUGUCAUACUGCAUUCAUGCAUUAAAUCACGUCUUAAAGACCAGACAGAAAGUUUUGCAGCACAACGCGAAAUUGUCAAAGCUGAGAUCCGAAAAGAAGGCAACAAUAAUUCCUGACGAGUUUAGGGAUCAAGGAUUUGUACGUCCAAAAGUUCUUAUUGUCUUACCAUUCCGUGAUUCAGCAUAUAAAGUCAUCAACAUGCUCAUUGACUUACUUAAUCCAAAAGAAAAGGCUGGAAUUUUAAAUUACAAAAGAUUUGAGGAUGAAUUUACUGGACAGACGCUGCAUUUCCCAAAAAGGAACCCGAAACCUGAAGAUUAUGAAUUGACAUUUGCUGGAAAUACUGAAGAUACAUUCAGAAUUGGAAUAUCGCUGACCAAAAAGUCAAUGAAGCUUUAUUCGCCAUUUUAUGCAUCGGAUAUCCUCAUUGCAAGUCCUUUAGGUUUACGACUCAUCAUUGGAGCUCCAGGCGAGAAGGAUCGUGAAUUUGACUUUUUGGCAUCAAUUGAGCUUUUAAUACUGGAUCAAAUGGAACUGUUUCUAGCACAAAAUUGGGAUCACUUGUUGUAUUUAUUUGAUCAUUUACAUCUACAGCCACAAUCUAGACAGAAUACAGACUUUUCAAGAGUCCGAUCUUGGUGCCUUAAUGGAUGGUCAAAGUUUUAUCGACAGACAUUACUGUUCUCGUCCUACGACUUGCCAGAAUUUCGAUCAUUAUUCAACAAUCGAUGUAGGAAUUAUCAUGGAAAAGUACGGACAGCAAAUCCAGUCCUGAAUGGAACAAUUCGUCAUGUCAUUAUGGAACUGCCACAAGUUUUUCAUAGAAUUGAAGUUAAGUCACUUGAAACUUCAUUUGACACUAGAUUUGAGUAUUUCACGAAUCAAAUUUUACCUCAAUUUAAGUCAGCGACUAUGGCUCAUUGCAUGAUUUACGUGCCGAGCUAUUUUGACUAUGUACGCAUAAGGAACUACCUGAAAAAGGAGGAAGUGAAUUAUACACAACUUUGCGAGUACACAAAAGAUAAUAAAAUAUCGCGAGCACGAACAUUAUUCUAUCAUGGCGGUGCUCACUUCCUUUUGUAUUCAGAACGUGCACAUUUCUUCAGACGGAUGAGAAUUAAAGGAAUUAGACACAUCAUCAUGUAUCAACCACCAGCAUGGUCUGACUUUUAUCCAGAAAUGAUUAAUUUGAUGCAGGAAAUCAACCAGAAUCCAAAUGACGAUGUUAUGAGGAAUUCAAUGACUGUGACUGUGCUGUAUACUAAGUAUGACAUCCUUCAGUUAUCCUCGAUUGUUGGACAUGAUAAUGUGAGCAAAAUGUUGGCAUCGAAGAAGAAUACACACAUGUUUAUGAAUAAUGAGUAG